AUGGCAACCAAGGAGAACAGCAAAACCACCCCUCGAGACAUCAUCGAUGUCGAGACAAUCAUAAAUGAUAUCAGAAACCAGCAUCAGCAAUGCACGGAGACGAACGCGAUGGAAGACCUCGAGCUUCUUAUUACAAUGAUGUGGCAGGCAAUCGAAGCGAUCCCCAAAGACCAUCCCGACUACGCCAAGAUACUGAGUGGCCUCGCAACCCAACUCGGAAGCCGAUAUACGCUGACCAAAGCGACGAAAAACCUUGAAGAAGCGAUUGUGAUACUGCGGCGAGCUGUCGAAGUAACCUCCAGGAAACCUUCUCAGGACUUCACAGGUCAUAUAGAGCCACUACAUAACCUUGGAACUUUCCUGACAUAUCGGUUCAUGGGGACAGGAUCAGCCUCCGACCUCGAGGAAGGUAUCAAUCUGGCACGGCAAGCCGUUCAUGAGGCGACUCAGUUGAACUAUCCUCGUCUGAUCACACUGUUGAAUAGUCUCUCGAUUCGACUUCAGCGACGAUACACCCUGACAGGAAAUAUCCUCGACCUCGACGAGAGUAUUACCACGGCACGUAAAGCCAUCGAAGAAAGUUCUCAGAAAGAUCCCAAUCAUGCCGCGUAUUUAAAUACUCUUGGGAUGAUCCUAAGGAGUCGCUAUACAAGGACAGGUGCGAGAGAAGACCUUGAGGAGUCUAUCAUUUUGGCUCGCCAAGUCAUCAAAGAAACGCCCCGUAACAAUCCAGAUCUUCCUGGGUGGCUCAACAAUCUUGGAGUAGGCCUGAAAUACCGCUAUACAUUGAUAGGAGCAAUCGCGGAUCUCGAAGAAGCUAUCAUCGCCGCGCGAGAAGCUGUUCAGGCGACCCCUAGGAAUCAUGUCGACCUCGGUAGACAUUUGAACAGCCUAGGAGUUUUUCUUAGAGACCGAUAUGGAGUGAAGAGAGGGAUGGCUGACCUUGAUGAGUAUAUCAAAGUCAUGCAGCAAGCCGUUGAGGUAACCCCUCAAGACCAUAUCGACUCCUCUCAAUGGCUAAACAAUCUCGGACUUGCAUUUUUCGACCGCUACAGGACAACAGAGGCAAUAGCUGACCUUGAACAGUCCAUCACGACGGCAAGCCAGGCGGUUGAGGCGACCCCUCAAGACCAUCCCAACUUUAGUAGAUGGCUCUAUAACCUCGGGAAUCGGUACGGGGAUCGGUAUGCAAGAACUGGCGAGAUUUCAGAUCUCAAUGAUUCUAUUACAACAAUACAACAAGCCGCAAACGCGAUACCGCAAGAGCAUCCUUACAUAGCCGAUGUUCUGACUGGUCUUGGAGAUCGACUCAGAGAACGAUAUGCGAAAACGGAAAUGAUGGCAGACCUUGAGGCAUCUGUGCAACACUUCGAAACUGCGCUUAACAAUCCGACGUCUCUAAUGGUUCCACGGCUAAGAGCUAGCCAUAACCUUCUCUCAAUGUCGUCGGUCCUGCAGAACAAGACGCACGCACUCCGUCAUGCUCGAACCGCAAUCUAUCUACUUCCUCAACUAGCGCCGCGGUCCCUCAAGAGCACUGACAAGCACCAAGCUCUGAUGCAAGCCGCAGGGCUGGCCUCGAAUGCUGCCGCUAUUGCGUUGCAUGCCGGACAGCCCCCAUCGAUAGCCAUUGAAUGGCUUGAAAUCGGGCGCGGGGUUUUGGCAGGCUCCCUCCAAGAUAUGCGCAGCGACAUCUCCAUGCUUAUGCAGAAACAUCCCGCACUAGGGACCUCCUUCCAACGACUACGAGAUUUUCUGGACGCGCCAGCUCAACAGUCCAUGUCUACUUCAGCUUCUCCUCCUUUAGAACGUGCCGAUUUCACGGUUCAGUCUAGUACAGAUGAGCGCAUUCAAACUCAGAAACAGCUCGAAGAGCUCGUGAAUGAAAUCAGGCGCCAGCCAGGGUUUGACCGCUUUCUUCUUCCCCCAUCAGAAACCGACAUAUUGAAGGUAGGAGCAGAUGGACCAGUCGUGGUGAUUAAUGUAAGCACGCACCGAUGUGAUGCCUUGAUUAUCCAUGAGCAUCAAAUGAACUGCCUCGAGCUGCCACAUGUCACGGAAGAGGAGAUCAUAGAACAACGCCGUCACGUCUCAAAAUCAUCUUUGCUGAUGUUGGAGUGGCUUUGGGACGGUAUUGUGAGUCCUGUCCUAGAGAGCCUGGGUUUUACUCAGACACCAUCUGAUGGAAACUGGCCACGGAUAUGGUGGAUUCCCACGGGACCGCUUGUCGGCUUCCCAUUACACGCUGCUGGAUAUCACCUGGAUAAAGCCUCCCGUACGGCUCUCGACCGGGUCAUAUCGUCUUACGCAAUUUCAAUAAAAGCCAUCAUGCACACCCGUGGGCAGAGUCGUUCUAGAGUAGAAUGUCUAUCUACACAACGUCUCGUCCUCGUAGCCAUGCAAGAUACACCAGGACUCGAUCAGGGCUGGCUACAGCAUGCAGAAGAAGAGGUUGCAGGUGUACGGAAAAUUGGCUCUUCUAUGCAAUUGUUGAUAAGUGAACCUACGAAAAGCAAGAAAGAAGUCUUAUCGGCCAUGGAAGGUUGUGAGAUUUUUCAUUUCGCUGGGCAUGGUGAUACGAAUCAAUCGUGGCCGUUGCAAAGCCACCUGCUCCUCGACGACUGGAAGCAAGAUCCACUCACGAUAGAGAGCCUCCUGGAAACCAAUCUUCAGCGCCGCGCACCAUACCUGGCCUACCUCUCGGCCUGCGGAUCUGGCCGAGUCCUCAAUGACGCUUCCUUUGACGAGGGAAUCCAUCUGAUCAGUGCAUUCCAGCUGGCGGGCUUCCGCCAUGUGAUUGGUACGCUGUGGAAUGUCGAUGACCGACUGUGCGGAGAUAUGGCCAGAUUAGUCUACGAAGCUUUGAAAGACGGCCGUCUUCGCGAUGAGUCGCCAAGCCGCGGGCUUCACUUUGCCACCAAACAGUUGCGGGACAAAUGGAUAAAAGAUUUCCGUACUGCGAUGCGCAGUAGUAUGCAGGAGCUGGCUACGUCUCGGGAUGUUGAAGCAGUGGAUGAAUCAGAGAUUGAAGGACUUCCCUGGGUUCCAUAUGUUCAUUACGGGGUAUAG